UCGUCAUUUAUUCUUGGAACCUCCUUUUCCUCGUCUCUGUAAUCGGAAUAAUAACAGAACCUCGCAGGGUGGUUGUGAGGCGUCAGUGAACGAUACUUGCAACGGUUCCGGGCGCGUGGUCAGCCCUGGAUCUACAAUCUGGACGAAGACAGCUCUCUUUUAGCUCCGUGGGUAACGCGGCGGUCAAAAAUUACCAGUUUCGGCCAGCGGUCAUCCAGUUGAUGAAGGGUUUUACUUGAUGUUCUUUGGUAAAAAUACUAAACAAAAAUUUAUAAUUAGCGUUAUAUUAUUAGAGAAGUAACGCACUACUGAGGACUUCGCAGGUGGAAUUGGCCCGUUUGCUGAAGUUUCUUUCCCUCAUAGCCCAGGGAGAAAUUUACAUCUGGACUUUAUCUUACCAUGGCUUUGGUUCUCAGGUUUCUGAAUGGCGCUUAUAUUUUCAGACAUUGCCCAAAGCCAUAUGCCUCAUGCCCAUAUUUGGGUACCCGCUUUGCAGACUAUUGUUCUAGUAGUCUUCAGAAGCCUGUGGCUGCUUCUGGUAGAACCUCCUCUCAGAGGAAAUCUGAAGGGGAUUUGCAAGGACAUCACCAGAGAGAAGUUGCUUUGGAUAUAGCAUCUCCUGAAGAAAAGCCUGAAGUUAGUUUUGAUAAAGCAAUUAAAGAUGAAAUAAAGGACCAUUUUAGGCGUUUGAAGGAUGAUAUUGUGAAUCAUUGGAUAGGCCCUGAAGGCCGCCCUCUGCAUGAGGUCUUGAUGGAACAAGCUAAGGUUGUCUGGCAGUUCCGUGGAAAAGAAGAUUUGGAUAAGUGGGUAGUGACUUCUGAUAAGUCUAUUGGAGGCAGAAGUGAAGUGUUCCUGAAAAUGGGCAAGAAUAAUCAGAGUGCACUGCUGUAUGGAACUUUGAGCUCUGAGGUGCCUAAGGAUGGGGAAAGUGGCCGCAGUGGGUACUGUGCAAUGAUAUCCAGGAUUCCAAGGGGCCCUUUUGAGAAAAAGAGGGCUUAUGAUUGGUCCCAGUUCAACACUCUGUAUCUCCGUGUGCGUGGAGAUGGUCGGCCUUGGAUGGUGAAUAUCCGAGAGGACACGGAUAUAAUCCAGAGGAAGAAUCAGAUGUACAGUUACUUCAUGUUCACCCGUGGGGGGCCCUACUGGCAGGAGGUCAAGAUUCCUUUCUCCAAAUUUUUCUUCUCUAAUCAAGGAAGAAUUCGGGACGCCCAGUACCAGCUUCUGCUUGACAAGAUCUCUUCUAUUGGAUUCACCUUGGCUGAUAAAGUGGAUGGUCCAUUCUUCCUGGAAAUAGAUUUUAUUGGAGUGUUUACAGAUCCAGCCCACACAGAAGAGUUCGCCUAUGAAAAUUCUCCAGAGCUUAACCCAAGACUUUUUAAAUAGAGAUGGUUAUUUUGUAAUACCAGACUAAGAGUAGCAGUAUCCAUGAUGACCAAGACAAAUAAAGUAUUUGAUGGCUUUCAUCCAA